AACAAGAACAACAUAAUAACGUCGUUUAGAGUGAGAAUAUAUGGUCGAUAUUAGUGGUGUCAUUGUCAUUUCAUCUCAGUCGCUGAAAACGGAAACGCCAGCAGCCUAAACUCUUCUCGGGUAUCCUCCUCACCUUCUCUCCACCAGCGUCCGGGCUGAACACCGCAUAUACGAUGUGAUUGUGACUAUUUGCCGUCGGGGGGAAGUUAUAAUUGACAUUAUCAUAGCUGAAUGGCUACAGUAGCGGCGUGUCUGUCUCCGUUUCACCGCCUGCAUGCUGUUAUUUCGAUAGACGCCUGAGCUCCGUGUCGGGAGGAACCGCUAGUGUUACAUUUCUUGGCGGAAAUAACCGAACAGACGGCAUCCACGGCGCUGUAGUUGAGCUAUAUCCGAAGAAAAAGAUGUCCUUUUUCAAUUUUCGAAAGAUAUUCAAGUUAGGGCCUGACAAGAAGAAGAAGCAGUAUGAACAUGUACACAGAGAUGUAAACCCGGAGGAUAUUUGGGACAUCAUUGGGGAACUUGGAGAUGGAGCGUUUGGGAAAGUAUACAAGGCUCAGAACAAGCAGAAUGGGACCCUCGCUGCUGCCAAGGUUAUUGACACAAAGACAGAGGAUGAGUUGGAAGACUAUAUGGUAGAGAUUGAAAUUCUGGCCUCUUGCAACCAUCAUUACAUCGUCAAACUGCUGGAUGCCUUCUAUUUUGAAGGAAAACUUUGGAUUCUGAUCGAGUUCUGUGCGGGUGGUGCAGUGGAUGCCAUCAUGCUGGAACUCGAGAGGCCUCUGACAGAGCCCCAGAUCCGUGUGGUGUGUAAACAGACCUUGGAUGCGUUAUGCUACCUCCAUGAGAACAAGGUCAUCCAUAGAGACUUGAAAGCUGGGAAUAUUCUCCUCUCCUUGGAGGGAGAUGUGAAACUUGCUGACUUCGGGGUGUCUGCUAAAAAUACCAAGACGUUACAGAGAAGAGAUUCUUUCAUUGGCACUCCGUAUUGGAUGGCCCCAGAGGUGGUAAUGUGCGAAACUUCCAAGGACCGUCCAUACGACUACAAGGCUGACAUCUGGUCCCUUGGGGUAACCCUGAUAGAGCUGGCGCAGAUUGAGCCACCCAACCACGAGAUGAAUCCCAUGAGAGUGCUGCUGAAAAUAGCCAAGUCCGAGCCGCCCACACUCAUGCAUCCCUCUCGCUGGUCGCCAGAAUUCAGUGACUUCCUGCGGAAGGCACUUGAUAAGAAUGUGGACAAUAGGUGGGGCCCUGUACAACUUCUACAGCAUCCUUUUGUCACCAGUGUAACUGAUAGCAAACCCCUCAGAGAGCUCAUAGCCGAGGCCAAAGCUGAGGUCACAGAGGAGAUUGAGGACAGUAAAGAGGAGGAAGAGGAGGAAGAGCCUGAUACACCUCUGGCGGCUCCUGGGCACAAGCGAGCACCAUCAGAUGGCAGUGUGGCCAGCUCAGAGGAUGACAAAGUUCCACCAACCCCUUCCACGCUGGAAUCUGUUACAGAAAAGGCAGAGGCUGAAGUUGCUGAGGACAGGACCAGUGAUAAGCUGUCUGAUGAAGGACUGGGAACAAGUGAGGUAGACAAGACUGAAGAGGAGAAACUCAAUGAAGUGUCUGAUGCUAGCAAUGAAGACCUGGCCUCUGGGUUAAUAGAGCCCACCAAGAACAUUAUCUCACAAGAUUCUACGGAGACUAAACCAGAAGAUGGUCAAGCUGAAGAAAUUCCUGCUGAGCCUGUACUAUCACAGCCAGAAGAACCUGUGACAGAUGGUCAACAAACAGUGGAGGAACUGACUGAGACACAAGAGAAAACCAAGGAUGAAUCUCCACAAGUAUUGGAGGUUGAAAAAGAGCCCGAAGAGGUGACAGAAGAGGAGGAAAAAGAAACAGGUACAGAAGAAUCUGAGUCAAAUCAACAGCUUACUGAAUCCAGAGAAUCAGAGGAGAAACUUGAAGAUACACCAGAAAAGCCAGAAUCCAUAUCAGAAGUAGUGAAGGCAGGAGAAAAAGAAGAAGAAGAUAAGGACACAAUAUCAGAUAUGGCUAAUGGUACAGAUGUAGAUAUGGACAAAGACAAUAUAGAAUCAAGCCCAGAAUCAAAUGUAUUGGACACAAACUUAGAUGGAGACACAGAAACAAAGUCCAGUGUUGAUGACUCCUCUGCUGAGGUUUUGGUUGAGAAGGAGGUUGCAGAAAGUCAGCCAGGUGGGGCGACAGAAGAAAAGCCUGACGAGAAAGUCCCUGAGGAGGCAGAGCAGCCGGAACAAGAGAAUGAGGCCAGAGAGAUUGAACUGGAGGAGCAGGCACCAAGUGAAUCCACAAAUGGAGUCAGUGAUGAAGCCAAAGACACCUCUGAGGAUUCAGAACAAGUGCUUCCAUCUAAGGAUGUCCCAGUGAAGGAAGAUGAGGAAAAGACUACUAGUGCAGAUGAGAGCACAUCGCAAAAUUCGGUCUGCGUCCCAGAGAGUGAAACUGAUUCAGAAACCAAGACGGAGCAGGGAAGCCCUGCUGUGAUCAAACCAGAUGUGGAGAAGGACUCUGACUCUGGAAGCAGCUCUGCUGCCGAUAGCAACAGCCUUGACCUCAAUCUGUCCAUCUCCAGCUUCCUGUCCAAGAGCAAAGAAGGGGGCUCAAUAUCAUUGCAGGAGUCAAAACGUCAGAAGAAGACUCUAAAAAAGACACGUAAGUUCAUGGUGGAUGGAGUGGAGGUCAGUGUGACAACAUCAAAGAUAGUGACCGAUAACGACACCAAGAGUGAGGAGAUGCGGUUCCUCAGGCGGCAGGAGCUGAGAGAGCUGCGCCUCCUGCAGAAAGAGGAGCAGAGGGCUCAGCAGCUGCUCAGCAACAAGCUGCAGCAGCAGAGAGAGCAGAUCUACAGGCGCUUUGAACAGGAAACUACAGCUAAGAAGCGUCAGUAUGAUCAAGAAGUGGAGAACCUGGAAAAGAAACAGAAGCAGACCAUCGAGCGCCUGGAGCAGGAUCACACCAGCCGCCUCCGAGACGAGGCCAAACGCAUCAAAGCAGAUCAAGACAAGGAGCUCUCCAAGUUUCAAAACAUGCUGAAGAACCGGAAGAAAGAGGUCGAACAGGAAGUUGGACAGUCACCCAAACACAUGAGAAAAGAGCUCAUGAAACGCGUAAAGGAGGACCUAUCACUCCUUAAGACUGCUGAGGAGCAGGAGUUCCUACAGAAACAGCAGCAAGAGCUGGACGGAGCUCUAAAGAAAAUUAUCCAGCAGCACAAACUGGAAAUUGCCACGAUUGAGAGGGACUGCCUUAACCACAAGCAGCAGCUGAUGAGAGCUAGAGAGGCAGCCAUGUGGGAGUUGGAGGAACGCCACCUGCAGGAGAAGCACCAGCAGCUGAAGCAGCAGCUCAAAGACCAGUACUUCCUACAGAGACACCAGCUGCUGAAGAGGCACGAGAAAGAGAUGGAGCAGAUGCAGCGCUACAACCAGCGGCUGAUUGAGGAGAUGAAGAACAAACAGAACCAAGAAAGGGUUCGUCUGCCCAAGAUCCAGCGCAGCGAGGCCAAGACCCGCAUGGCCAUGUUCAAGAAGAGCCUCCGUAUCACUGCCACUGCGAGUGUGACUCCAGAGCAGGAGAGAGAACGGAUAAAACAGUUUGCUUCUCAGGAAGAAAAGAGGCAGAAGAACGAGAGGCUCCAUCAACACCAAAAACAUGAGAACCAGAUGAGGGAUCUGCAGCUGCAGUGUGACUCAAACAUCAGAGAGCUGCAGCAGCUACAGAAUGAGAAAUGCCACCUGCUGAUCGAACAUGAGACCCAAAAACUGAAGGAGCUGGAUGAGGAGCACACCCAGGAGAUAAAGGAGUGGAGAGAGAAGCUCAGACCCAGGAAGAAGGCAUUGGAGGAGGAGUUCACACGGAAGCUCCAGGAGCAGGAGGUCUUCUUCAAGAUGAGCGGCGAAUCCGAAUGCCUUAACCCCACCACCCAGAGUCGAGUAUCCAAAUUUUACCCCAUCCCAAACCUGCACAACUCUAGUUUAUAGCCUCAAAUCAAACUUGGCUGUGCUAACAGACUCUUCCUGUGUGUGCAUCAUUUCUCUGACCGUUACUGAUAAACAUGAACAUGUCUUCACUGCUUCGAUUCCACCUUUAGUGAGCAUGAUGUGCCUACACUCCGUUCCCUCACUUAGUCAACUCUUAUCUGCUCGUUGGGAAAUGUCCGAUGGACAAAUAUGCACUUUUUUGAGCAUGUUCAAAAUGUAUAAGUCUGCAGUAGGUAGCUAUGGCCAAUCAUGCUUAUCAGAAGCAUUGUAAGCACAGCCUGCUACAGUAUGAAUGAUCUUCAGUGCCUCAUAUGUUCUUUUUUGUUUCUGCAUUUAGGGCCCAUCCAUGUGUUUAUUACAGCUUGCGGUAAAUACAGGGCCCCCUGAAUGUUUUGCACUUAAAUACCUGGAUAUCAUUUUCACCUGUAAUCACAAGGUGUUGAGAGAGAGUUUUAUUCAUUUCAUAAGCUGGUGAGUAAGCCAACUAUAAAGUCUGUUUUGCUGCAUGUAAGGUGGAGCUGGUUCUGGGGAGAUGUACUGAUGAGUCAGAAGAGGUCUGUAGUCUGUAAGGCGUUGUUAUGGCUGUGUAGUCCUAUGUGCCCAGUGUGUAAUGUCUUCAUGGGAGUCAAAAACAGCAACGUGUUGGGAUCAUAAGGCUGUGAUUUAAAAGCAAGUGGAAUGUACUGUGUUGUGAAUCAUGCGCUGAGUAAAAUGUUACAUGUGCGUAGCUACAUAUGAAGUUCAAUCAGAUACUCUGCUUAACAUGAGGAUUUUAGUCUUUAAAAAAUAUAUCUAUUGCUUUAGUACAUCAUUUCAUUUCAUUGCUGUUCUCCAAAAUACACAUUCCCCUGUUUAGUUAAAGACAGAGGUGGCCUGUUACUUCCUGGAGAAUGAUGAAAAUACUCAUAUAAAUAAAUAAAAGAUCACCUUUUUUGAGA